AACCGAGCAGAUAACGGUGGGGCCUGGACCGAGGUUAUAUUUCCAACACAAAAUGGCGGACGCCGAAUAUGAGAGCAUUUUGUGCGUCAAAAAUGAAGUAUUUAUUUAUAAAAUUCCGCCUAGAACGACCAGCAGAGGAUAUAGGGCUGCUGAUUGGAAGCUUGAUGUGCCUGAUUGGACUGGUCGAAUGAGAGUCUGUGCUAAAGGCAAAGAAUGCUAUAUAAAGAUUGAAGAUAAAUCGUCAGGUGAACUGUUUGCUAAGUGUCCAGUGGAUAACUACCCUGGUCUAGCAGUAGAGGGGGUCCUGGAUAGCAGCAGAUACUUUGUAUUAAAGAUUGUCGAUGAUAAUGGACGGCAUGCGUUUAUAGGAAUGGGUUUCUCAGACCGAGGAGAUGCAUUUGAUUUCAAUGUUGCAUUACAAGAUCAUUUCAAGUGGGUUAAGCAGAAUGAACAAUUUGAGGCAGAGAAAAGCUUGCCAAAAGCAGAUGAGCCCAAGCUGGACUUGGCUUUCAAAGAAGGACAAACUAUACACAUAAAUAUUGGGAGUUCAAAAUCUACAAACAGACCUAAGCCAGCUGGUGGAUCGAUAGGGGCUUUCCCACCUCCACCUGGGAGCACUGCACCCAAACUAGCCCCUCCCCCCGGGGCGGUUGGUGAUGGUAUGUCUCCGCUUUCUCCUAGACGAACUCCUCAAGUUCAAAACCCCAUCUCCUCUCAAUCCCUAUUCUCUGACUUUGUAUCCUCAUCAACACCAAAUCAACCAGCUUCCCAGCAGGGACUGUCGGACUGGGGAGAUUUUACCUCUGCUGACAGCUCUAACUCAAACCCAAGUAAUAAUUCUGGUGGAGGCUGGGUGCAGUUUUAAGCCUGUGUAGAUCGAUAAAUCCUUAGCAGCCAUUGUCUUAAUUGUAAUGAAGAAGUCAGUCAUGUAGAGAUUCAGUACCUUGUGGAACACAAAGUUAUAUUUUAUAUUUUCUAGCAGGAAAUGGAAUAUGUAUAUGAGAGUGAUCUCUAUGACACAAUAAAAGGCUUUCUUAAUUGUAAUUAUAGUGAUGACAUGCUUUCAUAUAGAAAACAAUACUAAACAUUUGAAUACUUGUAGAUCCGUGAUACACAGAGAAAUCUCAAUCAAUUUCAUGUAAGAUGCCCACCCAAUUGAAAAGAUACCCAAAUAAAUAACAGUAGAUGCUUCCAA